AUGAAUCAACCAUCUAAUAAUGGAAAUAAAGUCAAUCAAAUUGGUAGAUAUUCGUCAGUAUCAAAUGAUGAAUACAAUCAUUCACUUAAUAAUGGUGUUGGAUUAUCUUUACAAUCAUUUGUAGAUGAUAUUCCAUUUGAAUUUAAUCCUAAAUAUCGAACUAUUACUGUUCCUAAUGUCGAUAUCCCUGAGUAUGAUACAAGUAAAAUUCGUGAUAUUCUUGCUAAACCCAUUGAUUUUAAACUGGAAAACAAGGUUUUAUUAGAAGCUUUAGAAGAUGUGCAACGUAAAAAAAAAGAAAUUCAAGCAGAUACUCUACGACAACAAGUAUCAUCACCUCCUACAAUUGUCACAACAAAUUGUCCGACAACAAAUUCUGUAUCGAUUCCGUCAAAUAUUCAUACUGAACAUAUUUCUUUUCCUGUGUCUCUUGUACCACCUCCACUGCCACAUAUACCGAACUCUCAUCCUACAGUACAUUUACCGGUUACUGUUACUUCAUUUCCAGUAACACCUGCACCUCCUCCUCCUCCUCCAAACAAGCCUUCCAUUUCGCCAUCAUAUCGUCUACCAUCAGUUCGUGAUAUAUAUUGGCCAACUGGUAAUCAGCAAAAUUGUAUUAUACCUAUUAGUGUUCCACCAACAAUAACAUCAAGUACAUUAAGUUUACCAACACCAAUUCAUUCAACAAAUUCAUCACCUAAUUCAGUCAAACAAAAUAAUCAGUCAUUUAAUAACUGUGAUUCAGUUUCUACUAAUGAUUUAACUGCUACAUUUGAUGGAACAUUAGGCUCUAAUGAUCCUUUUCAUGAUGCAGAACUUAAAUCAUUGAAUGAUGUUGCCGAAUUAAGACAUUUAUAUACGGCAAUUGCUUCGGCUAAUACUGUUCGACGAUAA